CACUCGUCCAAUCGGAGCGCUCGACACUGACUUCACCUCAGCGACUCUCCUCCGAGCAGAAGAUCAUGCUGAUGCUGAUGAUCUGAAUGAAUGAUCCUCAAUAAAUAAGAAACAUGAUCCGGAUCGCUGCUCUGAAUGCAGCGUCUCAGGCUGCGGAUGAGCAUGAAGAUGCCUUCAGAAGCACUAAACCUGGUCAAACGAAGGAAGCCCAGGAGGCAGAAGCGUUUGCUCUGUAUCAUAAAGCCCUUGAUCUGCAGAAACAUGACAAGUUUGACGAGUCGGCCAAAGCUUACCAUGAGCUCCUCAAGACCCCACUGCUCAAAGAGGCAGUGGCAUCUGAAGAUGAGAAAGUUGGACUCAAGCAUCCUGGACUGAUGCUGAAGUACUCCACCUAUAAAAACCUGGCCAGUCUUGCUGUGCUCAGAGAUGAUUUAGACACUGCCAUGGACUUCUAUGUGCAGGCUGUCAUGCUGGACUCCACAGAUGUCAAUAUGUGGUAUAAGUUGGGAAAGCUGGCUUUGAGGAAGGCCAGCAUGCCGUUGGCCCGCCAUGCCUUUGAGGUGGGCUUACGCUGUAACCCGGACCACUGGCCCUGCCUGGACAGCCUCAUCACGGUCCUCUACGCUCUCAGUGACUACAGCUGUUGCCUGUACAACAUCUGUAAGGCUCUGGAGAAGGACACAGGCUACAGUAAGGGCCGAGUGCUCAAGGAGAAGAUCUUUGAAGAGCAGCCCUGCCUCAGACGAGACUCUAUGAAGAUGUUCUCCAAACUUGAUGUGUCAGUGCAGUACGUGGAUGUAGAUGAGGAGGAAGCCCACAGCAUUGUAGAAGAAGCGCUGGAACUGAGGCGACAGAGACAGGCUAAACUCACACGGCAUCCUGUAGCUGACCUGCAGCUGGUUCAGCCCAUCAAAUACUUCACGUGGAAGAGCGUUGGGGAGAGUUUCUUGGCCAUGUACAAACACCAGAACGCUUGCCUGGUCCCACGGCCUGACUUUGGCCGUCGCAUCGACCUGUCAAUGUACCGUGACCCGGACUGCCUCGCGCAAACGCCCACCAGCACUCCAGCCCCCACCACUGCUGCUUCAGACCCCCCUCAGCCCCCCAUACCCGUCAGUGUACCUCAGGCCCCCCCCGCCCCUCCCCCAGGUCCCAGUAGCCCGAAUGCCACUCAGCACCCAUCCACCGAGUUCUUUGUCCAGCUGCAGGCCCCACACAGCACUGAUGCAGGAGCACUGCAGAACCAGAACGUCAUUGAGAUCACCACUACACCCACAGUCACCUCUACUGCUGCCAGUGGAGCUGAGGAUGCUGCUGGUACCACAGUUACUUCUGCUGCUCUGGACGCUGCCUUGAAUGACAAAGUGAAAAAAGGCACUAAGAGAAAACGUGUGGUAGAGGACACCGUAGAGACGGCGAAGAGGCGCUCAGCACGUGUCCGCAACACCAGAUGCAAGAAAGAAGAGAAGAUUGACUUCCAAGAGCUCCUGCUCAAAUUCCUCCCCUCUAGACUGAAAAAGUUUGAAGAUGAUGAAGAUGAGGAGAGUCUCAGUAACAUGGACUCACAGUGUGACAGCAAACUUGAGUCCCAGUCAAACCGCGGAUUCAAGUCCUCCGAGUACACCGUCUCUUUGGAAACAGAGCGGAAGGAGGUUCAUGCGUUCCUGUUGGCAAACAUGCAGAAUGGAGGCAUCCUGGAGCUGAUGAUGCGGUAUCUGAAGGUGGUGGGGCAGAAGUUUCUGGAGGAGUGGCCAGCGGGCCUCGGCACAGUGGUGCUGGAUCUGUUCAACUGCUGGAGGAAACACAGCGCUGGGCUGCCCAACCCACUGCUCCGAGAUUCCAGCAACCAGCACAUAAAGGAAAUGAUGCUGAUGUGUCUCUGCUGUCUGGAGCUGCAGUUGGAGCAGAAGUCUAUGAUGAAGGGCAAGAACAUGUCUCAGAGGAAGACCAUGUCUGGUUCAGGAAGGGAUUGUGGGGACGCUGAUGGUCUAGAGGCCCGUUUUCAGACCGAUCUGUUCCUUCUGACCAUGGCCUCCUCUCAGCGAGAUCUGUUUGAAGACGACUGGCUCUCUUUUGCUGUCAGAGUUCACUGGCUCAAAGCGCGAUACCUUGCCUUUCAGGGUGACAUGGAGGAGGCACUGGAGUGUUACGACAUGUGUGUCGGUCUCCUGAAGGGUCAGACAAGUGAGAUGGAAAAAAUCACCAUUCUCCUUCCCAACCUCAGUGUGGACAAUGCCGUCUCUUUAGAGGAGAUUGAGAAGAAGUUGAAGUCUCUAGAGCGCUGUCAGUCUCUAGAGGAGAUCCAGAGACUGUUCGACACUGGAAACUACCAGUCUGUGGUCCGUCUGCUGCAGCCCACACUGAGCUUUGGCCCCGGCUCGGCACGACUGAAACCUCUAGAUUACAUCAGCUCUGCUCCUGAGAGACCAGCACAGCUCUUACUGCUGCAGAGCUCCCUGCUGCGGCUGAGAGACUACAGCUCCUGCCUCGAGACAUCUGAAGUGUCUCUCAAUGAGGCCAUCCAGCACUUGAACUCUGGAUUACCCAGCAGCCCCUCCGCCAAGGAGGAGUGGGUGUCCACCGUCACGGCCCUGCUGAAGGGCGUCGAGAGCUGCAUCACUGAGAAACCUGAGCUGCUCAGUCAAACCCCACGACCUGCAAACCUACCGCGCCUCGCCAACAACCUCAUACAGUUGAUAGCCAACAGCAUGGUCUUACCUGAUGACCCCAAAGAGGCUCAUUUCUCAUCGCUGCUGCCGUGGAUUCUGCUGUACCGCCUCAUCAAACAGGAAGAGGCCGCCUUUGACUGCAUGCUCCGGCAGCACAUCGCAGAUGAGGACGAUGAUGAGGAUGAUACUCCAUUGUUGCCCUCCUCCCUCAUGCUUCUCAACACAGCGCAUGAAUACCUGGGCCGUCGCUCCUGGUGCUGCAACUCUGAUGGCACUUUACUCAAGUUUUUUGUGCGUGUAUUGCGGGAGAAGCUUGCAGGACCUGAGAAACUGCCAUAUAAAGAGGAUCUGGAGACGGCACUUGAGCAGUGUUUCUUCUGCCUGUAUGCUUACCCGAGCAAGAAGAGCAGAGCCCGAUACCUGGAGGAGCAUUCUGCCCCACAGGUGGAGCUUCAUUGGGAUGAUGCCGUCUUUAUGUUCGAAUACUUUAAACCCAAGACCUUGCCAGAGUUUGACAGCUAUAAGACCAGCACUGUCUCUGCUGACCUUGCCAACCUGCUUAAAAGGCUUUCUGGAAUAAUCCCACGUAACAAUGGCCCAACGCUGUCUGUAGAUGACGUGUCUGCCUAUAUCGAAGGAGGUGCUCUCAAGGUGCCAGCGCUUCCGGAAGGAGCGUCCCCGGCGCCCCCUGUGGUUAACGAGCUGUACUACCUGCUAGCAGACUACCACUUCAAAAACAAAGAGCCGUCCAAAGCCAUCAAGUUCUACGUGCACGACAUCUGCUUGUGUCCCAACAGGUUUGACUCGUGGGCAGGCAUGGCAUUGGCACGUGCCAGUCGCAUCCAGGACAAGCUGAACUCCAAUGAGCUCAGGAGUGACGGACCCAUCUGGAAAAACUCUCCGGCUGUGCUGACCUGUUUCAAACGGGCUCUGGAGAUAGACGGCUCCAACCUCUCCCUGUGGAUUGAGUAUGGUACCAUGUCCUAUGCCUUGCACUCUUUCGCUUCCAGACAGCUCAAACAAUGGAAACACGAACUUCCUCCUGAAUUGAUCAAACAGAUGGAAGAGCGCAGAGACUCGAUGUUAGAGAAGGCGUCGCAGUGUUUUCAGAGCGCCUCUCGCUGUGGCGGUGAUGAGGAAGAGUGGCUCAUUCACUACAUGAUGGGGAAGAUUGCUGAGAAGCGCAAACUGCCGCCCAAAGACUACCUGCAGCUGUACAAAAUGUCUGCACACUACCUGCAUGAGGAGGCAGCCAGAUACCCUCGCAAAAUCCACUACCACAACCCCCCUGACCUCGCCAUGGAGGCCUUAGAGCUGUUUUUCCGCCUGAGCGCCACCAUUCUGAAGUUGCUGGAGAAUGAGGAAGAUGAUGGUGAACAGUCUGAGCAGCAGAUGAAGCUUCUGAAUUAUGAGGUGUUCUUCAACAUGCUCGCCGAAGCUGCUGUUGGACCCUUUGCACGCGGGGAGGAGAAGACCACGUCCAAAACCAGCAGUGACAAGGAAAAGCUUCCGUCCGUUAACGAUGAAGACUCGCGCUCCUCGGCUGGCGUGAGUACCUGUCCGGCAGCGUUGGCCAGCUCAUCUGUCACAUCUGUGGUGGCUCCUCCAGCUUCUUUGCCUGGCGACGGUGCGGCAGGUGCGAGUUCUCCCCCGUACGCGGUCACUCCGGUCGACCACGAUUACAUCAAACGUAAAAGCCUGCAGCAGAGGCACAGGCAGGGGCAGGAGCUCCAGCAGCAGCAGCAGGACGCUGACUUCUCACGUGACCAUGACUACUGCCUGUGUUUCUCUGCUUUGCGGCCAGGAUCUGUGUAUGGUACAGACGCCCUUCCUCGCACAACCGAUAAGCAAAGUCAGGACAGCGUUGCUGGUAUGUCGGACUCCAGCUCCUUGCAGGACGUCUUCAUGGAUGCCACCAGCUCACAGGACAGCAGCCACAAGGUGGAUCCUGGGAAGUGUAGUAUCUUUCCGGAAGAAUCAAGUGCCACUGGAAAAGAGAAACCGGCCACAGCAGAGGAUGCAGGCCCCUUGGAGGACAAGAACAUGGAUAUCAGCUCUGCCACACUAUCUCAAGAAUCUUCAGUCACACAAGAGUCUUCAGAUACCACCUUAUCCAUCACCUCCCCUGAGGCCUCCGUCCCCAAAACCCCUACCACAGACACCCCGACCCAAGCUCUACCUCUGCCACUGCACACCUCCCAACCACACAGACCUCAACCCCAGACCAGCUCCUCCAGUGAGGGAAAGCGUAGGCCAGAGCCGCCGCCUCCUCUGGAAGUGAUAGAGUUGCCUAAGUGUCUGCCGCCGGGAUGGAGAGAGCAGAGGAAAACACUAGUGGAUGUGUGUGUGAGGUCUCUCUUCCUGUGUCUGGGUCGCUACCCGCAACACUACAAGAGUCUCUAUCGUCUGGCUCACCUGUACUCCUACAGCAGGACACACAAGAACCUGCAAUGGGCACGAGACGUGUUGCUAGGGAGCAGUGUCCCAUGGCAACAGCUGAAGCACAUGCCGGCACAAGGACUUUUCUGCGAGAGGAAUAAGACCAAUCUGUUCAACGGCAUCUGGCGUAUUCCAGUAGAUGAGAUCGAUCGUCCUGGCAGUUUUGCAUCUCAUAUGAACCGAUCCAUCGUGUUGUUGCUGGAUGUUCUGUCUCAACUGAAGGAUCACCACACUUUAUUUAAAAUCUCCCUCAUGCUUCAGAGAACCCCUGAUCAGGGAAAGAAGUACUUGCGAGAUGUGGACCGACAAAUUUUGGCCAAGCAAGCAUUUUUCUUCACUGUAAAAGUGCUGGAAGACAAUCUGGAUAACCUCACAGGGGUAAGUGAUCCCUGUAAACUGUCUACCACCUCUAUGGGUGAAAUGACAAGUGCGGAUGUGUCCAACCGGCCCCCUGCUGUGGAGGACCCCAAAUGCUCCCACACCACCCAGCCUAAAGCAGGACUCCCCGACACCCAUAAGGCUUCAGGAAAUGAGACCGGACCUCCUUGUAUGCCUCAGCAAUGUUCAGCCACUCUUCAGCUCUCCCUGGAGCCUUUAAAUCAGGCGACAGGGUCCGCAGUUCACCCCAGAGAAGGUACUUCAGCACUUGUAGAGCCUAUGGAGCUUGGCCCGGGAUCAUGGCCAGGUGCCUCAAAAUUCAGAGACCCUCAAACACCUCUUGAAACUGGACCACAGGAGCAGGGGGUGGUUAAAUCGGCAGCAGAGGUGGCCGAUAAGGUCCCAGAGAGCAGUCGGGCGUCUGAGCUAUCGCUGGAGGAGUUAAGCAUUAGCUCGAAACAGCAGCAGCUACAGAAUCAGAUGAACGCAGCUAAAGGAGCACUUAAUAUGGUCGCAACACCAACAGCCAGCACUCCUGAGCUGGGACUACAGCAGAGGCCCAGCAGGAAGAGGAAGCUGCUGGAUGACGUGGAGUCGGGCAAGACGCUGCUUUUGGAUGCGUACAGGGUGUGGCUUCAAGGUCAGAAGGGCAUGAGCUAUGACCUGAAGCGCAUCGAGAAGAUCAUGUCCGAGACCUACAUGCUGAUUAAACAGGUGGAUGAGGACGUAGCAUUGGAUCAAGCUGUUAAGUUCUGCCAGAUUCAGAUGGCGACGUCGGCACAAAGACAGAGCUCCAGUGAUGCACCCAGCACUCCCAAGUUUAGUAAAGACCAGCGAGACUUCUUCUUCCCCGCAUCUUUCUCCACGCCGUGCCUCCACACGCACACGUACCCAGCACCGACGCAGGACGGGGAGGCCAAGCUGAGCAAGAGCCCUCGAGCGCUUCUCAUACAGACACAGACACACAGCACUCCAACACAGAUCUACUGCCCGCCCUCCAGCCAACCCGACCAAUCACAGCAGCAGAAAACACCCAGCCAGCCAAUAGCAAGCAUGGCCUUCGUGCCUCACACAGAGGACCGAGAGGAGCCGGUCACUGAGGGUCUGCUGUACCGUCAGCAGGAGUCCCAUCUGUGCCAGCAGAUGAAGAUGACCACCGUCUCUCAGAUUCCCAGCACACAGGAGUGGGCCGCUCACGAGCCCCCGUCCUGCUCAACAGAAAGUGACCAGUCAAAGCAGGGAGAUGCGAGUCGCAUCCGGUCCAGAAUCCCUCCCAACAUGCCCAAACUGGUGAUCCCCUCCACAGUCACUAAAUUCCCGCCGGAGAUAACGGUCACGCCCCCCACGCCCACCCUGCUCUCCCCGAAAGGUAGCAUCUCUGAAGAAACCAAACAAAAACUCAAGAAUGUGAUCCUGUCCUCUCAGUCGGCAGCUAACGUGAAGAAAGACACUCUCGCUCAGCCUGCUUUAGAGGUGCAAGAGACAUCGAGUCAGGAGUCCUCUUUUGAAAGCGAGUCUGAUGAAGAAGAUGACUACAUGGACAUUUGAACUCUCAAGCUGAGCUCUGAAGCUAAAUCUUCUUUUGUAAUCUUGUAGCUGCAGCUAAUUGUUGACGUUUUAUUUUUUUGUCUUCGUCCAGUUUUUUUGAAUAGCGCGAUUUAUCCGCUGAAUGCACGAUUUUCAGCGAAAGGGCUUUUUCCUACCCUGCCACUUGUGUCCUGUUGGUUAUGCUCCUCUGCUGCUAAGCAUGGACUGGGUUAUGAUGUCGUUCUGCUGUUUUUUGUUGUCGUUGUGCGCAAUCCUGCAAAGUGCCAUUUUUACUCCUGCAGUUCUCACGGCUAAACCACAGUGGAGUCAUGCAAAGUCGGUACAAAAUCAUUUCCCUAAGGAUGGAUUAUGUAAUAUCGACAGUUUGUGUAAUGCAAUUUACUCACUCAAGAGUUUCCUGGGCAUUAAAUCCACCACGACUUUGUUUACAGAUCUACGAGGAAAUGAAUUGCGCUUGACGUUUGGUCAGUUCAAGCAGUGUAAAAUAAACUUGAGUCAUAUCAACACCCGGUUUCAGUGGCAUUGCAACCAAACGUGGAAUAUCACCUCGAGACGUCAGCAUGCAAACGUGCCCGUUCUUUAACAGCCGUGUGGACCUGUGUCUCUGUUUUCCUGCGUGUGCUUCGAGCUCUGCUGCUUACACGAACAGUGCACAUGGAGCAUCAAGCUUGAUCAGUUGUCCAUGCUUUAACUAAUGGCGUUUUAAAGGGAGGUUCUACAAACGUAUGAUUCUUCACAGCACCACACAAUUUCUAUUUAAAUACUUAUUUUAUCGGUAAUCUGUUGGUUGUGAAAAUAGCAAACUUUGGAGUAUUUAAGCCACCAAGUUCCAUUUCAGUUCAGAUCAUUUUUGACCUGAUUUCAUGUUUUCAUUUGUAGCUUUAUUACAUUUCCAUCUGAGGAUUAUAAACGGCAGCAGCUGAAAGGGUGAAGCAUGUCAGCCUCGUCACCAGCGCUGAGAAGAUGUGAUAAUUAUUCAUAUCACAAUUGAAAUGUGAAUGUGAUCUAUCUAGCUACAGAAGAAUUGACCUUAUGUUUGUUUUUGUUCUUUUUUUCAAGGAUUACGUCAAUAUGAAAAAAUGUGAAAAGGCUUAAAAAUGGUGCUGGUCUCUUAUUUUUGGGAAAGACGUUCACCCCAAAUUUGGCUGUUCUUUAAACAUUUACUUCCAUUUUAUUUUAACACAAAAGGAGAAAUUUCUCAGAACGUUCAUGCUGCUCUUUUCCUUACAAUGAUAGUGGAUGGAGACCAGAGGCUGCCAGGAUCCAAAAAUGAAAAAAGCACCAAAAUAAUAAUGCGUGUGGCAUUGUACGCUGUAUUCCAAGUCAUUAGAUACUUUUGCGAGAGGAACAGACUCAAAUGUACGUAGUUAUUUUCGCUCAUUGACAUUUGUUAUAAUAUUGCAUUUUGGUAUGUUCUUUACUCUAGCCUUUGGUCACUUCACAUUCAGUGUAUGGGAAGUAGAAGCAUGAAUAUCUUGCAAAACAUCUCCUUUUGGAGUUUAUAAUAAUACGAUUGUAAGAAAAUGAAGACAGAAACUUACUUUAUGGCUAAACUGUCCCUUUAACCAAAGUAAAGUGCCCAGACAUUAGUUAUACUGAGGUUAUGUUCUUGACAUGUGGCAUUGUGUUUCAGUUUGUAGUAGCACUGCUUUAUCUUGGAGCAUUAAGAGCGUGUCUGACCGGACAUUGGUGAUUUUUUUCUGGUCAUGGUGCUGGUCAUGUUUCCCCACCAGAUCAUUUCCAGUUCUGUUAUUUAAUAAACUUAGACGGAGGAAUGUUUUUUACUGAACGUUUUCUAUUUGUAGAUGGAUAAAUAGUUACCAGUAUUUUUGGGAGUGCAGAAUUUUUCAAUAUAAGACGAAAAGACUUUGAAGGGAUGAAAUGAAUCGAUGCAAUGAGCAUGUGCGACCAAACUACCUGUAAACUGAUAAAGAGAUGUUUCUAUUUUUUGCUCUUUGUAAAAUAAUAUUUAGUUUGUUGUUGUCUUUUGUAUGCGGUCUCCUAUGCUUGUUAAGAAUGUAAGACGCCGGCAGAGAUGGAUACAUCCUCUGGUCUCUACAGAUGUGAGGAUUUUUGUGCUAUUUGGAAAUCUAUGAGGUAUUACUGUCCUCAAGCUUUUUUUUUUUUUUUCUGAGAAGUUUGAUAUUUCUGACUUGCUGCAUUGAUGAUAUCACAAAACCAAAAAUACACUUACACAUUUUUACCUGA